GACAUUUAAUAUUUUAGCAAACAUGAAGUUCACUGUGAAGACUAUAAACUCUUCAAGAUAUGAGUUUGAUGUGGAGGAAGAUGAAACUGUUGAGAACCUCAAACAGAUGAUUCAUGAAAAGACCAACAUUGAACCAUCCAAGCAAAGACUCAUUUUUCUUGGAAAAGUACUACAGAACAAUAAAAAGCUCUCAGAAUACAAUGUUAAUGGUAAAGUCCUUCAUCUAGUUGAAUGUCAAAGUGCAAGCUCAAGUUCUAGAUCCGCUGCUGAUCAGGCAUCUACAUCGUCUGCUCAGCCUCCUCGCCCUUCUACCAGCGCACCAGGUGUCAGAACAAGAACAACAGCCCCAUCAGCUCCUGCUCCAGAUAGAGAUCAGCUGAUGAAUGCCUUGGGUGCUGAUGCUAACCAGAUGGUUGGUCAAAUCAUGCGUAGUCUGGGAGUAGAUGCCAGCCAAGCCAGCGUCACUAGACAGAAUCUUGAUAACGGUGCAGUGGCAGUGAAUUUCAGCGUUGGAGGAGGAAGUAACGAUCAGUUCGACAUCCAAAUCAUUAACGGGACUACGACUGUAUCAGGUCCAGCUGCUUCCAACACAACAUCCUCUGGAACAAGCACUUCAACAUCAACCACAAGUAACAGCCAGACCACACCAACAAGCUCUAGUGGCACCACCCCGCCUACACGUGCCCAAAGACCCGCAGCAGCAGGGACCACCCCAGGUUCCCGACCUCCUGGACCUCCGGCUAAUCUUGAUAGAAUAAUCAACCAUCUCCGAUCUGUGCGUGACUUGAUGCAACACAUUAACUGCACAGCUCCGGAAGCACAGGAAGUUAUCAACAACACACUUAUAGCGCCCUGUAUUAGAGGGCCUCACACUGGAGGUCCCACUCUUGAAGAAGGAGCUUCACCGGAGGAAGUCCAGCAAAGAGCAACAUCACGUGAGUCCCUGGAGACAUAUUCUCACAUCCUGAUAGAUAUGGCGGACAUCAUGCAGGAACUGGUGAGGUACAUGAACCAGUACGCUCGCCUCCUCCACAGAGACCCUCCUCUGGAAGGUGGAGAUUUGACUCAUUGUCAAAACUUAGUGGACAGGAUGGGUGCUAUGUUUCACGAGGUUAGUCACGCGUUUCACCUGCUCAGUGACUACGGUAUCACUCUAAACACGGCCCUGCCCAGGAGGUUGUGGAUGGCACAGCUGACAGGAGCACACGUUGUGCUGUCUAGCAGAGAAGACGGAGUGGGUGUCCCUCAGCAACUCAGACAAGAGCUUGCAAGGCUGAGAAAUCAGGUAGGACAGAUGUCUGGAGCACCUGGAGGGGUUUCAACCACUUCAACUGCAUCAUCUUCUUCCACCACAUCUUCAUCGACUUCGACUUCUACGUCUGCUACAACUAACACAGCUAAUACGGGGACAUCCACCUCCACCACAGCCACUGGCUCUUCUACAAAUCCUCGUCCUACAGCUACUGCAACUGGCGGUAACAACGGACAGCCUAUCUCUAUUUCCUUUGAUAUUCCACUGGGAGGGAAUUUCAUGCAGCCUGGUAUGAAUCCUCACGCUCAGAUUCAGCAACUUCUUCAGAACAGGGCUAAUGACCCCUCUGGAAACAACCAACCUAUGCCCCGCCCUUCUCUCGGCUGCAGCUCCCGUCACCGAUACAACAAUCCAACACAAUACAGAUGUCCAGUCCACCAGCCCCAGACUGGUGCAACUCAAGCUCCGGGAGGUCCAACUCGAUCCGGUCACAGGCAUUCUCACUCACAUGGUCCAAGACACGGGCACUCUCAUAGUCAUCUACCCAGACCCCACUCUCAUGGUCCUCCGAGGAGUACCCCUAGAAGCCAGCCCAACAGUACUGCUAAUGCCCCUGUUAAUCCAGCUGAUGCUACAAUGAGUGAACCGCAGGUACGACAAUCUGGUCCUCCAACUCGACCAGUACCAGCUAAUCCCUUACCACCUAAUCCUCUAUCCUUACUGACAAGCAUGGCUGGAGGUGGUGAGAGUCCCGAACAAAUGGCAAGGUAUAUGAAUCUGGCCAUGCAAAUGGCAGCAGGUUCCAGACAGAAUGAGCCCAUGUCAACUCAUUGGCCGGAGAUUCGGGCUCUCAUGAUGCCUAACGUCACCAUUCCUGAUCAAAGCAGCCUUGGAGAUUUGCUGCGUAUAGUUGCAUCAAAUUUCUCUUUCCAAGAGUUCAUCAAUGCCCUCAACAACAACAUGAUGUUUGAUAUUCUUUAUCGACCACUCAGGGAUCACUUUACCCGGUCUCUCUUCAACAAUGAAGCCCCGGAUCAGAUGCACAUGAACAUUGCAGUUGCGGAGAUGCUAGCAGCAGACAGAAGCCUCAUCCUGGCUUUCUUCGACGUAAGACAGGACAGCAGCCAGGUAGAUGAGAGGUCCACGUUUUUGGCCAUGGUAAGAGAGUUGGUGAAUACAAUCUUCAGAGCGCUCUACAGUCCUUCUCGUGGGGACGUGGCUGCCGGGUUUGGCAGCAUUUUCGGGCGAAAUUUCCUGAGGUUCCUGGGGUUGAUAAUAGCUUACUGUAGGCAUGUUAACCUUGAAGAUCCUAGGAACCGUCUUGUGAACCAAAUGUCUGGUUUUCUACAGUCCAUGGUGCCUUUCCAGACCAUUUCCAGAGAUGAACUAUUCGACAACUAUGUUGUAACUCGAGGAAGUGACGACACUGAAGACGAAGAAUUUGUCGAUGCUGAAGAUGACACCAAAAUGGAAGAUGACACUCCUCCUGCCCCAGAAAGUAUGGAUCUUGAGGAAGCCUCCUCAAGUUCAGCCGAAAAAGAAGCUCCUCCUCCAAAAAAACCAUCACCCAACAACGAUGACCUUCCAGAUGAAAUAGUUGUGAGAACACCCGCUCCAGCACCCGCUCCAGCACCCGCUCCUGUACCCACCCGCACCCCAGACGGAGUCGUUUCUAAUGGUCACUCUAACAGAGCUGAAGCUACUGAGAUCCCUGGUGAAUGGAAGAGAGUGAUCGAAAACGAUUCCGCUAAGUUAGAAAACAUGACGUUCCAGCCACUCUCUGAUGGUUAUCUGACCAGUCUGCCCGCAAAACGGAGGAAAACAGAGCAGAACUCCACUGCUACUUCUAAUCAUCCUGACGAGCUGUUAAAGGACCUUCUUUCCAGCAGUGUUCCUAAAAGUGAGAACGGAGAAGUUGACUUGAGCCAGGAUCCUGAACUUGGAGAGAUGUUCCGGGCAAAGUUGAAGGAGGAUCUUAAGAAAAAGGUGAAAGAUAACGACGAUGUGAAUGAUGAACAAUUUCCCUGUACAUCCAAUCUUAGGAAUAGUUAGUUGAUACGAUGUGGCCAUGGGUCAACCAAAAUGAUACCUUAAAAUUGAUAGGUAUGACAAGUUAUUACUGCUGAAAACUUGUCAAGAUUAUUAUUAAUUGGGGGAAUGAUUGAUUUAAAAUGACCUCAAUAUAUACAAUCCGAUACUAAUGUAUUAUACAUUGUAUGUACGUCUAAUGUAUCUUGUUGGAAAUAUAUAUACGUGUUAAUGCACCGGUUCUCCGUUCUGGUUGUAGUUAAAUUCGUAUUAAUUUAUUGUAGAAUAGAUAAAAUGCUGAAGUAAGCAAGUUUAAGCAUGUUUUGAGUGUGGACUGUGGGAUUUUGUGCUGCAAAAGAGCAAAUGACAAUGGUUUGAUUUUGAAACGGGUCUUGUCUUAUUCAUUUGACAAGAUUUUGCGUCAACAUUUUGAUUGAAAAAAAAAAUGUUCGAUAAAGCCCUGGGUUAUAAUUAAUUAUAAUCUAUUAAUUAGAGUUAAAUAACUAAUUUUGAUUCCGCUAAGGGAUUGGAGUAUAAUGCGUUUGACACGCGAAAGCAAUUGCCUUAUUUGAUUGUCCGAUCUUUAAACAGGCACAGUUAACACAAGUUUCUUUCAUCUUCGGUCUUCCUAUAAUUAACAAUCCUAAUGAUACCCGAAGGAGAAGAAUGUUCAUUUAUCUGGAUGAUCUCAUGUUGGGAAUGUUUGAGUAGCUGAACAUUUUGCUAAACUAAACAUCCAAUACAUCUGAAAUCGAAUAACAAGUUACUGAAUUACAGUAUAAUUAAUUUAACCUCAAAUCUCUCGACUAUAGGUCAUCAUAUCAACUGAAUCGCCUUAUUUCUGUUGUUAAAAUUAGUUUGAAGACCUGACUUUUGCGAUUUGUUUGGGAAUAUUAUGUAAUAUUUCUGUCCGCGUUAGCCCGUUUGAACGUGACAUACCAGAAUCCGGAGUGUAGAUUUACGUCAGAAUAAAGCACAUAAAUAAGUUUAAAAUAUUAUUUAACAUGUUCACGGCUAACUUUGGAUAUUCUAUGUGAGUGUCCUUGUUUUGGUCUGUAAAAAUAUUCAGUUUUCCCAUGAAUAAUACCAUAAAUUAAAUUGUUUUGCAUUUUUGUUGAUCGUUUGCUUCCCUGGCUUUCUGCGAGUGUUUGCGUGUGUUUGAGAUAAUUGCAACAUGUAAGACUUGUAAGUUAAAUACCUUCUGGAAGUAAUAUAGUCUAGACUGGUGUCAUGCGAGGGUCAGUAUUAUAUUUUAUUUGCUUUUUGUCAGUAACUUUACAAAUAUUUGGCAAAGCCUUGUGAAAUUAGCAAAUUUUUU